AUGGCUCAGCAAAUAGAAGAACAGCUGGGACAGCUCCGAAAUGAGCUGCUGGAAAGGCAGAAAGAACACGAUGCUUGGCUGCUGAGAGCGGUGAGUAGGGGCCACAUCCUUCCUAUCAAUGACAAUGUAUAGCAAUGUACACUGGGAUCUUCAGUUAGUAAAUUCUCACAUUUUGGUUUCUUUUAACAUGUAGCAUACUCGGAUUGCUGGAGUGAUACACCACGUAGCUCUACAUGCUGAUAAGAAGAGUGAAUACGAGGGUGAAACGGUUGUGAUUCCAUCACACCUUGUGAAAGGGGUUCAUGAUAAGUUCAUGGAGUACCUGGACCAGGUAAGACUCUCAGCAAUGUAUAUAUUAGGCCUUAAUGUUUAGAUUCUCUAGUUAUUAAUGGUAGAGAAUUAUAUUAACACAAGAGCCCAAGACUCUCCUUUCCCAGGAGAAGACAUGACCGCACUCAAAAUCCCAGAGAAAGUUCUGAAUAGUCUUUAAUACUACGAAUAGAUAGAGUUGGCUGCCAGGUAUGAGGGACAGAUGGAUUAAUUAUAAAUUCCAGUGCUAGAACUUGUAUAACUUUAGUUUUGUUUGAUGACGAUACUGUGUUUCAUAUAACUUCUGUUGGCCACAGGUGCCUCCAUGCAGAAAGCCAUCCCCCGAGGGUUUGGCAGUGCCCAUAGAAGUCCAAGGAAUAUGGAGCACAAUCCAAACUCCCUGUGAGACCGAGACCACAGAGGGAGAAAUAGAAGAGGCUAAAAAAAGCCAAAAUGAGUCUCAGAAGAAGACCAUCUCAAGACUGGGAUGUAUCCUGCGACGUCUGCGCAGUCGCUGCUUCAAAAAAUAG